CACAGCAAGAGGAGCUGCAUCCUCUCCAGAUAACCACCCAGGCACCUUGGCAUCCUGAAACAGCUUAGCUUUACAGAAAAGUGCAGAGACUGUAUCUACAAGCUAACAAUGGCAGACUGUAUCGACAAACUAACAUUGGCAGAUGAAAGCUUUCAGAAAGAGUUCCUGGAGAGCCAUAAUUCCUACAGGGCCUUGCACCAUGCUCCUCCACUGACCUUCAACAGCGAACUGACUACUGCAGCGCAGAAAUGGGCUGAUGAAUGCCUGAAAAAAAAGAUCCUGGGACACAGUGAUUCUGAGGAUGGAGAAAAUGUCUACUCUAUGCAAAGCCAAAAACCCAUUAAACUAACAGGAAAAGAAGCUGUAGACAGUUGGUACAGCGAAAUCAAGGAUUAUUUGUUCAAUAAGCCUGGAAGCCAACCAAAAACCGGACAUUUUACCCAGGUGGUCUGGAAAGACACCAAGGAGCUUGGUGUGGGCCUAGCCACUGAUGGUAAUACUGUCAUUGUGGUUGGGCAAUACCGCCCACCUGGGAACUAUACCAACAAAGGUCAAUUUGAGAAUAACGUCCUUCCAAAAGACUCUACUGACAAACCAACAUUGGCAGACUCUACUGACAAACCAACAUUGGCAGACUGUAUCGACAAACUAACAUUGGCAGAUGAAAGCUUUCAGAAAGAGUUCCUGGAGAGCCAUAAUUCCUACAGGGCCUUGCACCAUGCUCCUCCACUGACCUUCAACAGCGAACUGACUACUGCAGCGCAGAAAUGGGCUGAUGAAUGCCUGAAAAAAAAGAUCCUGGGACACAGUGAUUCUGAGGAUGGAGAAAAUGUCUACUCUAUGCAAAGCCAAAAACCCAUUAAACUAACAGGAAAAGAAGCUGUAGACAGUUGGUACAGCGAAAUCAAGGAUUAUUUGUUCAAUAAGCCUGGAAGCCAACCAAAAACCGGACAUUUUACCCAGGUGGUCUGGAAAGACACCAAGGAGCUUGGUGUGGGCCUAGCCACUGAUGGUAAUACUGUCAUUGUGGUUGGGCAAUACCGCCCACCUGGGAACUAUACCAACAAAGGUCAAUUUGAGAAUAACGUCCUUCCAAAAGAUUAAAAGCUGUGUAGGUUGCCGCCAGCAGAGGGUGGACUGCAGUAGGUAGAACCUCCAGUGAGAGGAAGACAACUCUGAGAAAAAAAAAUUCUGCAAAACGUCUGUGUAGAAGAAGAGAAGGAUGUUACAUUCUGGAUUUUACAUACUGAGUAUUCUAAUUAGUGAUCUGAACAAAAUGAACAAAGUAUAAGCUUCAAAUAAAACAUGUUUUAUUUGAA